UCCGGGUUCUCGCCUCCGCCUCCGCCGCCGCCUCCUGGCUCAUUCAGCUUUGCUGGGACCGGUGUGUUCCCGACCAAGAUGGCGGCUGUGGGGCGAGUCGGAUCUUUCGGUUCCUCUCAGGCGGGAUUAACCUCGACUUACACGGGCGGUCCCUUGGCCAACGAGCUAACCUCGGGCAACGGCGGCGCCGCGGCAGGGGACGACGAGGACGGGCAGAACCUUUGGUCCUGCAUCCUCAGCGAGGUCUCCACCCGCUCGCGCUCCAAGCUCCCCGCGGGGAAGAACGUGCUGCUGCUGGGUGAAGAUGGAGCUGGAAAAACAAGCUUAAUAAGAAAAAUUCAGGGAAUAGAGGAGUACAAGAAAGGAAGAGGAUUGGAAUAUUUGUACUUAAAUGUUCAUGAUGAAGACAGGGAUGAUCAAACAAGAUGUAAUGUAUGGAUCUUGGAUGGAGACCCGUAUCACAAAGGCCUCCUUAAAUUUUCACUGGAUGCCAUUUCUCUGAAGGACACUCUAGUUAUGUUGGUUGUUGAUAUGUCAAAGCCUUGGACUGCUUUGGAUUCUUUACAGAAAUGGGCAAGUGUUGUUAGAGAACACAUUGACAAAUUGAAAAUUCCUCCUGAAGAAAUGAAAGAAAUGGAACAAAAGUUGAUUAGAGACUUUCAAGAAUAUGUAGAGCCAGGAGAAGAUUUCCCAGCUUCUCCUCAGAGAAGAAAUACCGCAUCACAGGAGGACAAAGACGACAGUGUGGUUUUACCUCUGGGUGCAGAUACACUGACACAGAACUUGGGCAUUCCAGUACUAGUAGUUUGCACAAAGUGUGAUGCCAUUAGUGUGUUGGAGAAAGAACAUGACUACAGAGAUGAGCAUUUCGAUUUUAUUCAGUCUCAUAUCCGGAAGUUUUGUUUACAGUAUGGUGCAGCACUUAUUUACACUUCAGUAAAAGAAAACAAAAAUAUAGAUUUAGUAUAUAAAUACAUUGUUCAGAAACUCUAUGGAUUUCCCUAUAAGAUUCCUGCUAUUGUUGUGGAAAAAGAUGCAGUAUUUAUUCCAUCAGGAUGGGAUAAUGAUAAGAAGAUAGGAAUAUUACAUGAAAAUUUUCAAAUGUUAAAAGCAGAAGAUAAUUUUGAGGACAUCAUAACUAAACCACCUGUCCGAAAGUUUGUGCAUGAGAAGGAAAUUGUGGCCGAAGAUGACCAAGUGUUUCUUAUGAAGCUACAGUCCCUUUUAGCAAAGCAACCACCAACUGCAGCUGGAAGGCCUGUGGAUGCCUCGCCAAGAGUCCCAGGAGGCUCCCCUCGAACACCAAACAGAUCUGUGUCGUCCAAUGUUGCCAGUGUGUCACCCAUCCCUGCUGGGUCAAAAAAAAUUGAUCCAAACAUGAAAGCUGGAGCUACAAGUGAAGGUGUCCUGGCAAAUUUCUUCAAUAGUUUGCUGAGUAAAAAGACUGGUUCCCCAGGAGGCCCUGGUGUUGGUAGUGGUAGCCCUGGAGGUGGGGCUGGAGGUGGAAGCAGUGGUUUACCACCAUCUGCCAAAAAGUCAGGCCAGAAGCCUGUCCUAUCAGAUGUUCACGCGGAACUAGACAGAAUUGCACGAAAACCAGUUACAGCUUCUCCUACAGCAUCCACAUCUCCUACGGAAGGAGAAGCUUCUUGAAGAUACCAAAUAAAGCCAUUUAUUCAGUUUUCUGGGAUAAUGUAAACUUGCCUCUGCCUUCUCCUUCAAAAGUGGAAUUAGGGAGCUGGAGUGCUUUUUCAGAUGGACUAAUAAAUUCAUGUCUUUUUUGUGUA